ACGGCGCGGCGGGGCCGCGAGCAGGGGGCAGGGAGGGCCAGGAGUGACGGCGGGCGAGGAAGAAAAAUAAGCUUUUCCAAUCUCCUCCCCUCGGUUUUCCCCCCCUCGUUGCUUUUCUCUCUCGGAAGCUCUUGGGUGUGAAUCGCAUUUUCUUUCUUCUCGGCAAAAUGGACCCCACGUCCCGAGGGGGGAGGGGAGCGGGCGGGAGGGAGCCGGCGGCGGAGACGGGGUUUAUUUUUCUUCCUGGCUUCCUCCUUCCCGCCGCUAGUGCGGGCGGCCGCGGCCGGGAGAGCUUGGGGCCGGCCGACCACCCCGGCCCGGUGCCCGAUCCGGCCCGGUUCCCGGAGCGCGCCUGCCGGCGGGACUGGCCUUUCCCCGUUGCCUCGCUGCCUGGGCCCGAAGCACCACCGACGACCCGCGGCCGGGCCCGAACAAGCCCUCGCGCCGCGCGGAGGACCCGCGGCCCAGCCAGGCGCCUGCUGCGGGGCCCGCGGGGCGGGUCCGAAGAGACGGGAGCUCGGUGGCACUCUUGGCCGAGAUUGCGCGGGCCCGACGCGGUUCGCGUCCCCCGCAUCGGCCGGGACGCGGGCUCUUGCGGGGGUGGGGUGGGGUGGGGGCGGUUGGAAGGCGCUAAGAUGGCGCUGGGCCUGGCCCGUCGCCAGGGCUGGUGGCGCAGUUGCUCCGCGGGCGCCAUCUUUCCUGGCGGCGCGGGCGGCGCCCUUCGUGGAUGCUUCUCGGCCUCAGCGCUUGGAGGUCCGGGGUGUGGGGGCUCCGCUCCCGGGCCGAAUGCCGUACUUGGGCCGGGGGCCGCGUAGCAUGGUCCUUCCCGGUGCCCCCAGACCCAAAAGACGAGGCCGCCGGCUCAGAGCGAGAAGGGACUGGGGGCGCCGGCGUCUUGCUGCUUUUACCAUUUGCCUUUGAGCGAGGACGUGGGCUGAGGAUCGGGCGUUGAAGCCGAGGGGUUCCCUCCCUGAACUUGCUUCCCACCUCGUCAAAAUUGGAGGUGAAGGCUCCUGUCGCCUUCCUAAGGCUGCAGCCUGGACCCUUUGUCUUCCUUCCCUGGGCCUGGCUAGGGCAGGGCAUGGAGGCUUUUCCUUCAUUCUCUUCCAGCUCAUUUCGAGAGUAGAGUCAGACAGACCAGGUUACACAAUUGCAAAAAAAUUUUUUUAAAGUCUAGGACGGUGUCUGUCUCCCUUUCGGGAAUGUGGUUCUGUAUAGAUCCCUUAUGUUAGUUUUAGUUUUUAGUUGGUUGUGUUUUCAAGCAACCCUGGAGAGAUAUUUCUGUAGUCACAUUGUGGGAAGGUGAAGGUUCCAGUGAUUAGAAACUUCUUGUUGGCUUUCGUAUUACCUAUUCCAAAUGGUAGUCAAUUAAGAAUUUCUUAGACCCUGACCAGAAAAAUUAAACCUACCUUGAAACACUCCCAGAGACUUUUUUCCUUUCCCUUUCUAAAAAUAACCCCCCCAAAGCACUGUAUCUUGCUUUAAUCUGUGUCUCAUCAGUAUAAGACUUCUCAGUUCCCCCACUCGAUAUUUAAAGUAUUUCCUUAAAAGCAUUCAUUUAAGUAUUUAUUUGUCCUGUAGUAGCUUAUAUCAAGGUGCGUGUGGGUUUUAACUUUGUUUUCAGUUGUUACUGAAAAGAUUAUUGGGAGGAAAAAAAAAGUCUGUAAAGCUCUAAUCUCUCUAGGAAUCCACAGAGAUGGAAAGUGAAUAGUUAACUUCUGGUGGAUAAAAGUAACAUAGUGGCACCAUUAGGUGUGUCCUUGUAUUUAUAAACACUGUGGUGCAUGUUUCAGGCCCUUUAAGACAUACUGUGUAUUGAAGACUGUUGUGUGCCGGGAACUGUGCUUGGUGCUUUAUUUCUUAUUUAUUUAUCAUAUCACCCCUGUAAUAUUGGGUGUUAAAUAUUAACACAGAUAAAUAUUAUCUGUUUACCAGGGAAGAAACUAAUAAGUGUGCUGAAAUAAUCGAAUUGUUCAAGGUCUUAAAGUUUGAGGUGGUAGAAUUGACAGUGGAUCUCAAAAGCCAUGUUCUUGGCUUUGUACCUGUGAUUUCCAAAUCUGAGCAGAAUCUACUGGGGAGAUGUUGUAAAAUACAGAUUUGUAACAUUUGCUAUCCGUUAGAGACAGUUGGGGUUUUUUUCAAGGGUCUAAUGUGCUAGGCAGUCUUAGUUUUAAGCUUCCGAUUUUCAAUUUCUUGAUGUCCCUAACACUCUCCAAUUUUGAAAUUCCGGCUCAUCCAGGAUCCCCUAACUCCAAAUCUGUAGGGCUGUGUUAUUCCAAAACUCUCGGGGUGAUGCCAUUGUGGCACAGAGACAUUCAGAAAUCCCUGUACUAUACUUUGCCUGUGCUGCUGGCUCUGUAAUUGGAACUUGAGACUCGAGGUGCUUACCAUUUUGUUUCAACACAGUUUUAUUGUUCAGGUUAUUCUCAUUUUCAUUUUUCUCCUCUGCCAUUUAUCAAAUUGUUGAAACUACUUACAGAAAGAAAGCUUAAGUAUCCUAAGACUUCAGAAUCUCAGUACAUUUAAAAAAAAGUUGGUCAUUUCAUUUUCUUGAGAAGUUAAAUAGCGUAUGGGCUUCUAGGUCUAGCCUGGCCAUCUAGUUUAGUCAAGACAGCCAUCCAACAAAAACAGAAUUGAACCUAGGAUUGAUUAAAAAAAUAGAAAUAGGGUAGAAAAAAAUCCCGAAAUAAAAACUAGAGAUAAAUCCUUCAAAGAAAGUGUUCUUUUUUGAAUUUGGAAUUGGGAAGGUGUCUUUUCGGUUUUAAGAAGUAGAAUGGGGAACUUACUCUAAUCAUGAGACUUCAUAAGAAAAGAGUAUGUGUUAAAGGCACAGAAUGUCAGGAAGAAACAUCCAGAACAGGUGAUAAAUAGCUGACUAGACCAAAAUGAGAGAGAACCAAGUCAGUGAGGAAAUCACUCUCUGGAGCAAGGAUCACAUAUUUUAGUUAUUUUGCGCUUUUCUUUCUUUAUUACCAAAUCACUAUUGUGAUUAGUGAUUGCUAGGGGAAUGGUUGAAAAACUUGAAUUUUUGAUGCAGGUGUCACAAGUAUAUUAUUUUUGCCUACACCCAUAUUCCUCUGUCCUUCCACAUUUUGAAAAGUUUUAUAAAGAGCAGCUGUUGGA